AUGAUCAGUAAUUUAGAAGAACAUAAAAAUGAUAACGUAGAAGUAUCCAUUGAUUCCGAAUCAGGGACUCAAGAAGAAAAUUCUGAAGAAAAAAUUGGCAAUGUGUGUGUAGGAAACAGGGAAAAUGAUUUUUAUGACAUCUCCGAAGAAACGGAGCACUCAUCGGAGAAAAGGAACCACGAAAAAAAUGAAUUAAACAAUUUUUAUGAUUUAACCGAAGUAAAAGGGAAAAAAGAAGAAGUUAUAUGCAUAAGUUCAGAUUCGACAAAUGUUAAAAGCGGAAGUUCAGGUUCUUCAGUGGGAAACGGAAAUGAAGAAAAAGGAAAUUUAGAAGUUAGGGAUGAUCAAACUGUUCCCAUAAAAGUAGAGCCGAAGCAUGAUUACAACACUGAAAACUGCGGUGAUGUGUGUGAUACGAUUGGAACAAGCAGAAAUGAGAGCAACACAACAAGUGGAAGCGGCAGUAAGGAGAAUAGUACACCCAAUGGAAGAGCUACUAAUGGGAAUAACACUCGAUGCGGAAACCAUAACGAAAACAAUGACAGAAAUUACAAUAAAGAGGGGAAGACUACCUACGUCUUAUGCAACAUUUGCGCUGAUAUUAUAGAGAAAUCCAUCUUACAGGAUCAUUUAUACGCACACACGCUAGAAUCUGCAGAAAAAAAUGAACAAAGUUGUGCAUAUGAAAAGCAAAAGAACCCAAAUAAUGGCCUAUUCAAUACAAGGAAUAAGAGCUUCUAUACUAAUUUUAGCUCAGACCGAAACAAGCAAAACAGAUGUGCACUAAAACGUUCCUUCACUAGCACCAAUUGUACUCUUAACAACUCGGAAAUAAUUUUAACUGAUAAUAAUGACCAUCAUGCUGAGGAAGAUAAAAUUUUUGACAUGAUUUAUAAUUACAAUUCCAAUCUUGACCGUUUUAGAAACAGCCCAGCAGUUAUCAAUAAAAGGAACAAUAAGAGCGUGAUUUGCAUUUCCCAAAACAAGAACAACAUGGUAGAUAGGAAAAAUAACAAUUCCAUAAAUAACUUAUGCAACAAAGGUGUAAGUGCGCAGAAUAUAAUAGAAAUUGUGAGCCCAGGGGAAAAUAAAGUAGAAGACAUUUUACCGUUCAGCAAUAAUGUGGAAGAUUUAAAGAAAAAUGUAACCACAAAUGGAGGAGAGCGAAAUUUACCCAAUAAAUUAGAAGCAACCAGAAAUUCUGUUGAUAAUUUCUUGUCUUCUAUGAGAAAAUCCAUUUCUGCCAUUUUUCCUGACCCCAACGCAUCAUCGUUUGAAAAUAGCAGCACGAGUAAGAACACAGACAAUUAUAAGAGCGAGGAACAUCCUAGCAGUAUUAUUAACGACAUACAUUCCAUGAUAAGCGCAAUAGAAGCUAACGUAAAAAGGGCUGCAGAAAAAUCUAAGAAUAGGUUUAAUAUUAACAGUGCAAGUGCAGAUAUAGACAGUUUUGUGAAUAAAAGCAUGAGUUCCAUACUCACGGAUAUAAAUGACAUAAGGGGAACAAAUAGGAAUGGAAAAAAUGAUGAUUCUGUCGAUGAUGUGUUAAAUAAGAAAUUAAGGAAAAUAUACCAAAGUUUAGAUGAUGUGAAUAAAAAAAUUAACGCUGCAAUGGGAAAUAAUAUCGAUAUUUUAGGAAAUGAACAUAGUCGCACCGAUGACAGGAACAGCAUUGUCAACACCAUCAGUGGGGGCAUUCUUAACAGAAGCAGCAUCACUAUUGUUAAUAGCACUGACGGAGGGAACGGGAGCGAGAUGGCCAGGGGAAGUGUCAGUCACACGAGCAAUGGAAACCUUAUCCACAUGAACAGCGGCAGCGGCAGCAACAAUGGGAGGAACGUCAAUAUCAAUAGAAGCAACAGCUACCCAGAUGGCAACUCCAGUGGGGAAACCACCAAUCGUGGAAGACAAAACAAUUUUUACAGCACAAAUGGACCAGGUACGCAAGAAUUCAAUGGCAGAAACGGAAGCACUUUCUUUCAUAACCAGAAUGUAUUUUCACAUGAAAGCUUUUUUACAGGGAUACCACCAGAUUUACCGCACACAUAUUUCUCCCACUCGUGUGGAAAUCCGUAUAACCAAAUAGUACGUACAGAAACUGGAAGCAUUAAUGAUAUAAAUUACUUAUAUUCCAAUUUGGUAGACAGAUAUCCAUGUAUUUGUGAAAAUUCGGGGUUUUCCCAUUUUGACAAUAACUCUAACAAUAUAUGGCCCUUAAGAAGAGUAACAAACAGCAACACGUAUAGAACUUCUAAUGACUCAACAAAUUCUAGGCGUAUUAAGGAAGCCAAUAACAUGAACGUCAAUUCUAACAUGUCUAAUUACCGCAACGACGGGAGUAACAAUGGCGAUAAUAACAUUUCGCCCGUAAACAAUGGAAGAAAUACGAGCCAUCUUAUGAAUGGAACCAUGCCGUACAAUUUAAUUAAUAAUGGUGUAGGGAUGUAUCCUGGCGACCCUCCCUCCAACAAUCCAUUUCUGUUCAUACCAAAUAGACAUAACAGAAACAUCCGGAGUGAUGUUAGAACGAAUCAAGUUGUUAACACCAUUACGAACAAUUACAGCUUUAUCAGCACUAGUAGAAACAGCAUAAGCAAUAGAAGUUCGAACCAGGGACCUGGGAGAAUUCACAACGGGAAUAGCAACAUUGGAACUACAUCUAUCAUUAACAUAAAUAACUUCAAUUGUGUCACUACGAAUAAUGAUUAUGACAAUAACAGAACUGCUGCUAUGGGAGGUGCUGUCGGUGCGCCUAUAAGUGCGCCUGUUGGUCCUGUUGGCCCUCCUCUUGGAUUCUCUGUUGGUUCUGCUGCGUGUUCUGCUGUAGCUGCUUCUGUGGGCUCUCCCCCGGUCGGUGCUGCACAUGCUGCCGUUAAUGCGGCUGUAAUGGUUGCAAGAGGAUUAGCUAGAGCCCCUGGCCCGCGUACGGGUAGGAGGGCCGAAACAAGUGCAGGGGGAGGGCAACGCGUGGCCCCCCUUCUCGGUCCACCGACCAGUACGUGCUCGUCCAGGGUUAGCACUACAACUGUGAGAGCGAACACUGAAGAAAAUUUAGAUCCUGUUUUCAGCUUUUACGUUUUUCCGCCACACAGGGCCAGCAGGACCAACCGCAGCAAUGGCGGAAAUGGGGUGAAUCGCAACAGCAGAAGGGGCGUAAACAAUAACAGCAGCGUCGCAAACAACAACGGCAGCGGCACAAACAAUAAUAUCACGACGAACAGCACACGCCACGUUAAUAAUGGCUCAGCGAUGCCCAGCUCCAUAAGCGCAAGCUCAGCUGACGAGGUCCCCAUUAGCGGCGGCCCACAAGGAGCAACAGACAUCCCCUUUGUCGCAAAUUUAAGAAGGGAACAAACGUUAACUCGAAGCAACGAAAGGACCAAUAGGAUUGUAAGUAGGAGCACACGAGGAGUGGCCAAUGCGUCUAGCAGCGCGGGAGAACAACCUGGAAGUGGAAAUAAAAAAAUAGGCACGCGCGCAAAGUUAAAGGAAAAUAAUGAUUACCUAAUUGUGCACUUUGACAUAAAAAAAAACGAAAAUAACAACUUAAAAAUAUGUUCCAUUUGUUACGAAAAUUACCAGCACAACGAAUCUCUCAUAUUUUUGCCUUGCACACACAAUUUUCACCAAUCCUGUAUAAUUGAGUGGAUAAAUAAAAAGUCAACCUGUCCCAUUUGCAAAAUUAACAUUAAAAAUUUUUAA